AUGGCACCCACCGCGGGAGAGCAGCAUGCAGCAGCAGCAGCAGCAACAGCAGCAGCAGCGGCGGCGGCUGCGGGCAGCUGCUCCUCCGAGGCAGAUUGCGCCACGCCGUCCUCCGCCGCCACUGCCGCCGCCAGCCUGUUGGCGGCUCUGGGCGAGCUUGCCGACAUUCAACAGCCGAGCCUGCAGGAGGGAGAUAGCGAUUACGAGCUGGACGAGUAUGAACAGCUGGACCUUGGGGACCUGUUUGUGAAUACCGACCUACGGGAGGAGGUGCAAGACGCGCUGGCCAGAUUUCUCCGCCCCGAGCGGGUGCUGCUCCGCGACAAGCUGACGUUUGUGCUCGGCAUCAUGCACAUGUGGGAGUCUGCCAGCCUGCGCGACCUGGUAUGGCUGCCGCUGGUGCCCUAUCUGGGUUGGGCUACACUCUAUUACAUAAAGGUGUUUGUCAUCAGCUCGAAGAAGAUUCAGGAACGCGGUUACGAAACGCUGUUCCAGUACAGCACGAAAAGUCGGAAGAGCCUGUUUGGUGCUGUGGUGCUGCGGGCACCACCGAGGCUGCAGCCAGUCGCCUACAUGGGUGCCACCUUCUACUUUGACGUUUUCCUUUUUAAGUACGGCCUGAGUAAUGAAAGCCGCGGUGCAAACCCAUCAACGGUGGGCCUGCCGCCCAAGCGGCGUGCGGACAGCACGGUGCCAAGCGGGGUGCUGCAUGCUUCCCAGUCCAGCGACGCCAAGAAGACCUCAUGA